AUGUGCGUCUGCCAUUUCUCUCGUUUUGUUAGGCGUGAUUUGAUGGAACGUGUUCGACAAAUUGUCAACCAGCAAAAGUUACGUUGCUUGGAUGGGUUUUCUACUGUGAACGAUGACCAGAAGGAAACAUCUACAACUGAUAAAUGUAGAUUCGAUGCAAAAGCCCGCGUUCUAAAACGUUUACAUGGUACAAGUCCAACAAACCCAUGUAUUAGGCGUGUCUGUGCCAAAAAUGCCUGUUCGCAACAAGUUGGUUCACAAAUCAAUACAGUUCCUAAUAAUGUACAUGCCUGGCGUAAGGGCAAAGAAAUUAUUCAAAAAUAUCUUAGUACUUCAUCUGAGAGUAUUGAUAAACAUGUGGUUAGUGAAGAAAAAUGUUCGAAAUUAGAGCAUACAAGCCCUUUGGAAUUUGACUCAGUCAUUACUAAGGAUAAUCAAAGAGUACUAAAUUUAAACCAAAAGGAGCCGAAGAACACGAGAAAUCUGGAUAAAGCAAACGAAAAGAUAAUGAAAGCACCGUUUGUUGCUUCGAAAUGUAGCAAAGGUCUCUUCCAUCCAGUUAAGGCAAAAACUACAGUAAACAAUUCAGAUGCACUAGUGUCUGCGCAAAAAGAUAUUCAUGACUGUCCUACACCCAGAGCUCAUCUUAAGGCCCUGGUUCAACAGCAAAGGGAAGCUCGAAAACGAAACCUUAAACGACAACUAGAAGCUGAAAAAGAGAAGCGUGAACGAAUACAGCGAAAUCUGCAAGCAACUGCCCUAGCAGCUGCCGCCGCUGCGAAGUCAUCUGUCACUCAGACCAAAAGAAUAUCUGAGUUUUCUCCAGUUGUUCCUGUAUGUUCGUUUCAGCCAAUCAAAAUGCCUGUAUUACCGUUGAACUCUUACUCUUCGGAACGAGAAAGAAAGCUAGAGGAGCUUCUCAGACGUGAGACAUCAACACCAGAAAACCAGACUACUGCUCCUGCAUCUUCAGACCAAGAUUCUAUGCAUUCUUCUUAUCGGGAUUUUAUUGAAACCUUUAAAGUUAGAUCUAGCUCAGUGAAUUCCCAUCUAACUAAUCCAGUCUCAACGAGUGAAUGCAGCAUGAAACAAAAUCUCAUGGCUUCUGUAAAUAAAUCUGGAGAUGUUAAUAGUUAUGAAUCUGAAUUGUCAAAAAGAUCCCUUCAUGAAGAUCAAAAAUUAACAGUUCCAGUUUCUUUUGAAAACGCUGUAUCAACUGGUUCAAGAGCUGAUGUGAUUGUUACUCGUCCUGAAAUACGACAAAACUGUUUGUUUGCUCUAAAAAAGUCUGCUGAUUCGUGUGCAAAUCGACCAAAGAAUAUCUGUGAUCAUGCAACAGAAGCUGCUCGUCUAGGUAUAAAGUUAAGCACACAACGUAUAAAGCACAUGCUUGUUGUUGAUUCUGAUGACGACGAUGAUGAUAAUAAUUCUGUUGAGGAUCACUGUUUUUAUACGAAAGGUGUGGUUAACUCGUCAGUCUCUUCAUCUGGAACAAUUCAAAAGCCAACAGUUGGUGUCUGGAGACGUUUAGAAGCUGUAGGAGCUAGUGAAUCUGAAUUGGAAGAUAAUAAUGUUUGUAUCAUUGAAGAUGUCAAGGAUGAACAACCUUCGACUGUGGAUCAUGUAUCUAAGCACCUCCCAUCAUCUUGGAAAUAUCAAACCAAUCUGAACAAUUUUCAUCAAGCUGGAAUAAAUCAUUUUACGAGAGAUAUUUGUGCUAAAGAUGAAUUUCGAAAUCUAAUUUAUAGUGAUCCUUUACGUUUCGCUUGGGUACACAAGCAUCAAAAAAAGCUGUUUGAUAGAGGAGAAAAGAAACCUUUUCAAUCUUUUGAAACACAAGUAAACAAUAUGGCAAAGAUAGGAGCACGCGAAAAGAACAACACAGAUAGAAACAGUUCGGCUUGCUCUCGAGAGGUGAAUGGCAAAGAAUUAUUGGCUGUCAAAUCGAAUGCUUCCGGUGAUAUCAACACUCAAGCAGUUCAUGUGGGAUGUACAAACUCAGGAGAUCACAGUUCAUUAUCACAUAAUACCUGUCCUAUCAGGACGAAAGCACAAGAAUUGUUUAUAACCGAAGAUCAUUCUGAUUCUCAGACACUCCCUGCAAAUUAUCAAAAUAUUAAUACGUUUAUAAAUAAAAAUAUCAACUCUUCUCAACCGAGGUUAACACCUGCUGCACUUAAUCUACAAUUAGCUGCUGAAAUGAAUUAUCUUGAAGCACUCUCUGGUUCAAUGCAACAUAUUGCUAAUAUGGAGUCCCUUCGUCAAAUUACUGCUGCCCAAGCUGAAUGUGUAAGCCUAGCACAGUUGCUGAAAGCUCGUGAAUUGCAGAUAUCAUCAAACAUUGGUGAUCAGAUAUUAGAGAAGGAAGGACCAGGUGCAUUUGUCAGCUCUGAUGAACCAGGUCGUCUGAUUUCUGGUGUACAUUCACCUCAGUUUGAAAGUGUACUUAAAGCUGCUGAAGAAUUUGAUAAGAUUGAACGUCGUCUUAGUGUAAGAACUUCACAUUUGGACUCCAAUUCCUACUGUUCUGCUAAAUCACCGUCUGUCAAUUCAAACAUUUCAAAUGAAGCAAGUGUUCAAAAGUCUUUAAAUGGAUCCAUUUCGGUUACUGUUUCUUGUAAAGAUAUGUUAUCUGUAUCCAGUGCAAACAGGCGGCAAUUCUCUGCAGAAAGCGACAAAACACUCUCAAACGAUGAUGUCAUUAAAUCGAUUUCAGGCGGUGUCGUAACGGCCUCUGAUUCUUCUAAUGAACCAUAUCGUCCGUUCUCCAAUGGUGAUGCUGUUGCCUCAAUGACUAGAAUUGAUAAAACUUCUGAACCGGGAAAAUUGACUAUCGUUUCAUCAUCAUCGUCAUCAUCCAAAUCAAAUAAUUCUAAUGUUGAAAAACAGAAAGAAAGAAAGAAAAAUGUAGCAAUCAAUUCGAAUAAUGAUAAAAAGGCUAUGAAGUCAUCUGGUCAACUUAUCAAUGAUGAUCUUCACAAGAAUUCGAAUGAUCAAGUGCUAACUAGACGAAAAAAAUUAAAACGACAUUCACGAAACGAAAAACCAUGUACCAAAUCGAUAGAUAUCCCAAUAUUAAAUCUGAAUGUUAUAUCACCUAAUAGCUCUUGUCAAACUGAAAGAAAUGAAAAAUUCAAUCAAGUAAAAUAUGUUUUGAAUAAGCGUGUAGCGGCUUUGCAAUCUAGGCGCAAGAAAGCUGAAGAACUUUUAGCGCUUGCAAAAAAUAUCGAACUUGAAGAAGUCGAAGUUGUUCGUUUAGAACGUGAAGCCUUGAAUGCUAUUCAAAAUAAACAUUUAGCUUUAUCAAACGAUAAUGAAUCGAAAAAAUGUUCAAGAUCUAGUCGGUGGUCGAAGAAUAAUGAUUCUCAACAUUGGAGGUCAAAUUCUCAUUCACCAGUCAACCAAUGCUCCAACUAUUCUCAAUCUAGUGAUGAACUUGGUAUAGAAGAGCCACAUAAUGAGAAAACUAAUUCUGAGCAAUUUUCUACAUCUUCAUUGGGCAAAAGUGCUAGCUUGUUAAGAUGCAAUAGGACCAAUUCAAAUACCACUUCUGAAUGCUCAACUGCUCAGAGAUUGUCUAUUGCUACAGAUCUAAAAUAUCGCAAGUCUGAUUCGGAUUCAAAUCGAUCAGCUUCACAUUCUGAAAAGCAUCAUUCUAAUACUGCAGCCGGUAAUAAUUAUAAAUUUAUACCAGAUAGAUACACUGAGAAGUGCACAUCAAAUUUAUUAAUCACUGAAAAUGAUGUGAAUUUUAGUCAAGUUUCCAAAGUUUCGAACCAUUGUUUUCCGAAACUUGACAUUGGAGUUGAAACCACACCAUCUCUACAUAAUCUGUUGAUAUGUGAAACCGGUACACCAUCAUUAGAUCGCACUGUGACCCCAACUUCUAGACAGCUGCGUCAACGUUCUAAUUCUCAUGAUUCUGGUCGCCGAAGACGCGUCACUGUUCCCAAUUCAGUUGAUUCAAUGGAUGAAGAUUGUCGGUUAUUUAGUGUUGGAGAUGAUGAGCCAUUUUCUACUGUAUCUGCCAAUUCACAUUCCGAUUUAAGUGAAUUGGAAUCACGAAUCCAAGCUCUGAAUUUCAAUCUCAAGAAACAAGAAAGUGUUCUAUGUCGCAUCAAUACAGAAUAUAAACGUGUUCAUAAGGAUCACCUGGCAAGAUUAGAAUCCACUUUACUCAAACACAGACAGCUUUGUACAAAAAUCAUUGCCAAUAUUAAAUCUGAUUUAGAUGUUUGCAGAGCAUCUACCUGUACAGAAGCUAAUAAUUCCCAUUCAAAUUCUACAAAGAAAGUGGUUGAUACACAUAACAUUUCCCAUAUAUCACCGUCAAAAUCUCUGAAUAAAACAACACUUGACAAUUAUAACGAUAACAGUAUUUCUUGUGCAUCAUCGAAACAUAUUGAUAAAUUAGCUUCAUCUAGUCAGAUGCUCACUAGUAAACACUCUGAAAACGAUGAUGAAACUGAAUUAGACACAUUGAUCUCAGUGGCUGAAGAAUUAGUAUCACCACAGGAUACUGAUGAUGAGUUGAAACAGCUUGAUUUAGAUGAUGAUAUUGAUCGUUGUACACCAGUUACUGAUCAUUCUCCUAAUUCGACAAAUAAAAAUAUCACAUAUUUAUCUAAUGCUGACGUCAGUGUUGCAGGAUCUAAACAAACAAUGAAUUCUGAAAACUCACAAAGUAAACGUAGUCUAUCACCUCCAACUCAUACAGAGUCAUCAUAUGGUACAGAUUUUCAACCAAGCUCUGAAGAUUACAGUUCGAAACCACUAAAUAAUCAAAAUAUUUUAAACAAGAAUGAGAUUGGAAAGGACUUUAGUAACACAUCAAUGAAUUUUACGAAUAACUCAAGUGAAAAAACGGUAAUGGGACACGUUAAUCAAAUAGACAAUGCGUUUUCUAAUCAGUUAACUCGGAAAAAUCUAAUUGAUGAAUGUCUAACUGUCCUUAAUGUCGGUGUUGCACGCCAUCAGUAUGAAUCAAAUAACAUUUUAUCUAGAUCUUCAUCUGCUCCAGUCAUUGAAUUUGAUCAUGUUACUGACGAAAAGGUUUCAACUGUAAUCACUGAAGAUUUUAACAACAUGGCAGUAUCUACUGAUGUUCAAAUGCCAUGUGGCGAUAUGAGUUUACUUAAAAUCGCUGCAGAUCAUCAACAAAGAGAAGAACUAGUCGAUCGUAUUACCACUGAAUUGUUAAAUCAACUUGUCGCUGAAGCUAUCGACUCCACGUUGAAUGUUCGAAAAUCCAACUUAAAGAUUAAAUCUCCUGACAAUUCAGAAAGUGAUGAUGACGAUGACUUAUUAGACGAUGAAUUUAAUCAAAAAUCUUCAGCAUCCCAAUCCUCUUCGGAAGAUUCAAUGCCUUUAUUAGAUUUGGGAUUAAAAACAUGUGAUGAUUAUGAAGAGAAGAGUCCUGAAACAUUCAAGUCUAAAAUGUCUUUCACUCCAGAACUAUCAUUUACUGUUGAUAAUAUUGUUGGACUAUUUGCUGAUACACCUGAUAGAACAAAACCACUGAUUCAUCUGGCUGUUAAACAUUUCUGGGAUGCUAGGUUGAAUGCAACAAAUGAAUGUGAAGAAAUUGUUCUAUUGAAAGCUUCCAACAAUCCUCCAUUGGAAUUCGCAGUUGAUUAUUAUGAUGAAGCAGAUCUCGAAUUGUUUCGUACUCAAUCCAAUGUUAGAUUUAUAAAUCGUGCUCUAUUGUUUGAUUUGAUAAGUGAAAUUGUACAAAAGAUUUACAUUGGUGAAGUUAAUGAAGUUGAAUUACAAGAAAGGCUAAUUAGUAAUGCUAAUCCACCUGAAUCAAAAACGCCUAGUCGUGUUUCUAGUUCUCGAUUCCAACUUUGGCGUGGUCCUUGUCCACCAACCACAUACGAUCGUUUGUUGACUAUUGUUACAGCUGAAGUUUGUCGAGAAUUGAAUCUGAGAAUGGUUUCAAAAUCAGAAAUAUGUAAUCACAAUAGUAGCAACACAAAACGUUUCGGUUUAAAUGAAAUGGUUCCAUCUGGUGUACGUUUGUCGCGUUUGGUGCAAUGGACAUUAUCUAAAAAAUCAUGGUUAGAUCGUAUAUUAGAAUUGGAAUUGCGUGCUGAUGAACCAAGUUGGUUAUCUUAUGUGCCAGAAGAACGUGAGAUUAAAAUGAAAUUAGCUAAUGAAAUAUGGGAGGAUGUACUAGAUAAUGCAUUGACGAGCAUUUUGGCCUCAAAUGCUCGUCAUCUAUCAAAAUAA